CUUUGGACCGUCUGGUUUACGGUGCGGCUUAUUCAGUGUCAGUGCUGUUCUCGGCACGUUCGGUGAACGGAGGAGACGGUGGUCCGUACGCUGGUGGACGCUACGAUCGUUGGAAGAAUGUGUCGGUAGAUCGACAAAUCCUGCACUCGCCGCGACCUUUUCAAAACGUUGAUCGCGCUCGCUCAAUAAACGCCUCGAUAUCGCGAGGGCUUCGCAACCAGACGGCACGCCGCAGCCAAGUGGCAUAACGUGACAACGUAAACGGACUAUAUUUUCUACGCUGUCGUGUCCGUUUGCCAGCACUGCGAACGUGGUUAAUGUGAAUUAGCAAGUGAACGAUGAAUACUUGAACGAGCUUAUUUUACUUAUGGAUUAGAAGAUAUCCGAAAUAUCUUCAAUGAUGAAAUUAUUAGCAGGCGUGGAAGAGGUGAGCGAGCAAAACGAGAAGCAGCCGAACAAUGACGAAUCGCGAAACAAUAAUCACGAAAAGCAAUCAAAACCAGAUGUCACGCAGGAAACGAUCAAGCUGCUUACCGGCGAGGUGUACCGUAGAUCUUCUAGGAAGCUGGAAGAUUCGCCUAUCAAAGGUAAAAAGAUCACGCUCGAAGAUGAAGAAAAACUGCGGCGCCUUCUUGCUUAUGAAGAGGCCCCUGAACAUCUUCAACACAAUCCUUAUAUCCUUCACGGAUAUCGAGGAUAUCUUACAACGAAACUGUGCAUCGAGAGUAUAUUCUGGUGGACGAACGAAACAGUAAAUAUAUGGAGUCACAUAUUCGGAUGGAUGUUGUUUUGCGGCCUGACUUUGUACGAUCUUUGUCUACUGAACAUUCACGCACCUUUCGGUGACAAAAUGAUUGUAGCGCUCUUACUGAUUUGUUUUCAAGCAUGCAUGAUAUUAUCUUCAGUGUAUCAUACGUUUUCUUGCCGAAGUGAAAGAGAUUAUUGGUGUUUCCUAUCGUUUGAUCUGUUUGGCAUUGCUCUCAGCCUUUUGUCGAUAUACAUGUCUGGAGUUUACUACGCUUUUUGGUGUCACAAGGAGUUGCAGCGAUUUUAUCUAGUAACUGUGUUGGCGAUUUUUAUAUUUGCAAUGGUUCUGCAAAUACCAAAACUGAAUGUCAACGGGAAUAUCAAACUAGUCGUUUUUGUUGCUUGGGCGGCUUAUGGAGUGCUGCCAACGUUGCAUUGGAGCAUCGCUAUGGGUGGCAUGGACAACCCGAUCGUUAGAAUGUUGCUCCCAAGGGUACUAGGGAUGUAUGUCAUCAGUGGUGUAGCAUUUGUCAUUUACUUAAGUAAAAUACCGGAGCGCUUCUGCCCAGGAUGGGUGGAUUACAUCGGUUCGUCUCAUCAGUGGUGGCACGCGUUAGUAGUGCUGGCCCUUUAUUAUUGGCACAAUACCGGAAUGCUUUACGUAGAAUACAGAAUGAACCAUGGCUGUCCAAGCAAUAUAAGAUUAUUAUGACACACAGAGACUGACGACCAUUCAGGCCAUGGUUUUAUUAUGGAAUGUGCUUGUGCUAUGGAAUUCAAUGUUUGGUCGUCAGAAUAUUUCAACAAACUACCGUUUUACGCUACAGAGACGAAAACAGCUUGCACAAUCGAGAAUCCAUUGCGAGCGUAUCUUCAUCGACGAGCGUUUUAGCACUAUUAAUGCGUGAAAUUCGCAAAAUUUAUCUUUAAGGUAACGUUAAUAUGGAUCUUUUUUUAAAACGGUUGCUAGUAAUUAGUAAGUUAUGAUAAUUCUAUUGUUAGUAAUUUUUAUUUAUUUUGUACUUGUAAGUUUUAAAUAGACUUAUUGCAUUUUC